AAAAGUCGAAGAUAUCAAUUGAAAUACUUUCAUACCACGAAGUAAUUCAUGUAUAAGAGAAAGCUGCACGACGGAAAGAAGUACUCACGCACAAUAGCGGAAGUUAAUCUCAACGACCGUGUCAGUGGAGUCGGUUUCACAACACUAUUUACAACAAUUAACGAAUGUCUUAGAUCUACUGCAUAAUGCAAUUGCCGCGAACAUUCUUACGUUUUGGUUGCUGUUUUCUGGCAUUGGCACUCGUGGCCGGUCAAAACGAGCCGCUCUUCGAAGUUCCGGUACAGCUGAUCGGUUUUCCAGUAAUUAUAGCAAGCGUAAGAAUCGUCAACUUCCUCAAGAAGCUCGCUUACGCUUUGAGUCCAGAUACUUAUGUCAGCCGAGUGAAACGAGCACAUCCUUUGAUAUACGACGACGAGAUCUUAGAUGUUGACCAAGUCGAAAAGAAGCUAGUAGCUGAGCUCGGAAAUAACGUUUGCAUCUACGAGAAAAUUUGUGUCAAGUACGCGGAACGAACCCUUCAAAGAAGAAGUUUGGAACGCGUUCUUAAUUGGAACGAGGUAUUCAGGGAAUACAAGUCGUCAUCCAACUCGAUGAAAGAAAAUUACUUGCUGAGCGUCUUUAUGGGUGACGUUAUUGGCAGUCCGAAGCUGUGUCACUUAUUGGCAAAGAGAGGCAGAGCCUGCGAUUAUAACUCGUUCGAUUAG